AUGCAAUUGAUUUCCAUCCUCUCUUUGUUGUCAUCAUUGAUGUGUUCAUUGACCGUUUUAGGGUCUUCCGCAAGUUCCUAUGUUAAGUUUCCUGUUCAAAAGUUGGCUGAUAUUAUAAAUAUAUGCACACAGGAUGUUUCUACCGUCUUCAAAAGAAAUGAGGUUCUUAACACCACAGUGAUAAAUGGAAUAGGAGUGUAUGUUGUCAAGAUGGAAAUCGGAACGCCUCCACAAACGUUGUACCUACAGUUAGAUACUGGCUCUUCAGAUAUGAUUGUGAAUAAUGCUGACAUUGCCUAUUGCAAAUCGAUGUCUGACGGAUCUGACUACGCUUCAACUGAUAAUUACGAGCUCACAGCAACGUUCAAUGGGCUUCCUUCGACUACCAUCUCAUCAGAAGCUUAUAACACUCUCUGCUCUUAUUGGGGUACAUUCGAUGCAAGCAACUCAUCUACUUUUGAGAAUAAUGCGACGUUUUUCAAUAACACAUACGGAGAUGGUACGUAUUAUGCAGGGACUUAUGGUACGGAUGUUGUCUCUUUCGAAAAUAUUACUCUAAAUGAUUUCACUUUUGGUGUAUCAAAUGAUACAAUAGGCAAUCCAAGUGGCAUUUUAGGCAUAUCGCUUCCCAUUGCAGAAUUUACAGAUGGUAUCGAAUACGCAUUGGCAUUGAACAGAACACCUUUCAUAUAUGAUAACUUUCCAAUGGAAUUAAAAAAUCAGGGAAAGAUUAAUAAAAUAGCGUAUUCUUUAUUUUUGAAUGGACCUGAUGCACACUUCGGGAGCAUCUUGUUUGGUGCAGUGGACAAAAGUAAGUACACAGGACAGCUUUACACCCUGCCUAUGCUGCAGGCAUUCAAUACCCUUGGCUCAAAUCCUGGGAUGAUUAUUACUGCACAAAGUGUGGCAAUUUUGGAUAGUGAAUCUGGCAAUAAAACUGUUUCGGAUAUUCAAUUUCCAGUGAUGUUGGAUUCUGGCACAACUUUCUCCUAUUUACCCACCGAAAUUGCAGAAGCAAUCGGCAAAAGUUUUGACGGAGAGUACAGCUCUGACGACCAAGGCUACAUCUUUGAUUGUUCAAAAGUGAACGAUACUUUACUGUCCGUCGACUUUGGAGGAUUUAAUAUAUCGGCAAACAUAUCCAAUUUCGUAACAUCAGCUAAGGAUCGUUGCGUUUUAAAUGUUAAGCAAUCCGAGUCCACUUAUAUGCUGGGAGAUGCUUUCCUUGUCGACGCAUAUGUAGUCUACGAUUUAGAAAACUACGAAAUUUCUAUUGCUCAGGCUAGCUUUAAUAAUCAAGAAGAAGAUAUUGAGGUUAUCUCCGAUACUGUCCCAGGUGCCACCCCUGCUCCCGGAUACUUUAGUACAUGGGUAUAUAAGCCCGGUAGUCCCAUCGGAACAGGAGAUUUUAUUAAUGUCAGCUGGACCUCGUAUUCGGAAUUUUCACAGUACAAAUCAUUGCUUGCCACCGCAGCCCAAAGCGAUGAUGCUAGUUCUUUCUCAAGUAGUGGCGGCUCUAGCGAAAGCACCACUAAAAAACAAAAUGCAGGUUACAAAUACCGUUCUUCUUUCUCCUUUUCAUUAUUGUCCUUCAUAUCUUAUUUUCUUUUAUAA